CAGAGUAGUGACCGAUACGUAGAUGUGAUAUUCGGCGUAGGUAGUUAGGUUGUCGCAUUUGUGUAAAUCUUUUGUGUUUAAUUCUAAGGCAUCGAACGUUGAUUUCGAUUGUUUGUAACAUUAUAAUCGUGGCUUUAUAUCGUUUGUAACAUUCUCAUCUAAAUCAUAUAUCGAAGUACUUCAUUUGUAUUCGAUGAUGAUCAUAAGAGGAAGAAAUAUAAAAAUAUAAGACAUCGAUCGACGUCGUGAAAUAGUGAAAAAGAAAACGACGAGAAAGGAACGUAAGAAAAAAUGUAAAAGAUUUGCAUUUGUUUAGUAGCUCGUAAUAUUCUCUAGACAGAAAACUACUUGACCGAUUGAUUCCGGCACCUUCGUUCCGAGUAAGAGUCUCUGCGUGAAAGAGACGGUGUGAAACUAGCGCUAGAACGUUAUAUACACCGAAUUACUGACACGAUGCAUUCAGUUCUUUAGUUGCGCUAGUUCGCGCACAACGUUUGUUCGAGCAUUAAGAAGAUGGCGCGAGAAUGCACGGAGGAGGGUCUCGUACUUACGGCAAUGGUGGUAGGAGUCGACGAUCACGUGACACUUACGUCGCAGGGCCGCUUGUCGCGCGACCGUCCGAGGCCAGCCAUUUUGAUUAGUAACAUGGCGUCAGCGGAGAUUAAUAUGGCGUCCUCGGACAUAAUAACCGAAGUGGAGCCUGAAAUCCAGGAGGUCGAAAUCGAAACGAUACCGGUGGAAAUACCUUGCGAAACGGUGGAAACGACUAUCGAAGGGGACGAUGGACAGCCGAUGAUCGCAUUGCAACCAUUACCGGAACCAGGCCGUGAAGAAAUCAUUCUACAGACGCAAGAGGAAAUCGUCGGCGCCGAUCCACUGAGCGUGUACGAUCAGAUACCCGUACCAGAGAACGACAUUUAUGUCGAAUCGAGUCCUGGACCAUCGAGGAAGGGUACGAAGAAAGCUAGAAAAGGUGGAGCUUCCAGAUUUCGAACGUCCGAUCACGCAAUAUUCGGUGAGAUGGGCUCGGAAACGAAAGCAAGAAAGUGGGAGCAGAAGCAAGUGCAAAUCAAAACCCUUGAGGGAGAAUUCUCGGUGACAAUGUGGGCAUCUGGAACGGAUGACGAUGAAGGCUCUAAUCCAGAACCUGAUCCAGAUUAUACUGAAUAUAUGACCGGCAAGUCGAAUACAAAGUUUAAUCAUUCGGGAAGUUCUGUUUCCGAUGGAAUGCCAGGUCUCGAUUUAUCAGAUCCUAAACAGCUGGCAGAAUUUGCCAGACCAGGACAUAAGUUGAAAGUACGCAAACCACCUGUUAUGGAUGGUGUGGAACGUACGAUUGCUUGUCCUCACAAAGGCUGCACAAAAAUGUUUCGAGAUAACAGUGCUAUGCGUAAGCACUUACACACACAUGGUCCUAGAGUACACGUAUGCGCAGAGUGUGGAAAGGCUUUUGUCGAAAGUUCAAAAUUGAAGAGGCAUCAGUUAGUGCACACAGGAGAAAAACCUUUUCAAUGUACAUUCGAAGGGUGUGGCAAGAGAUUUAGCCUUGACUUUAAUUUGCGUACCCAUGUAAGAAUCCACACAGGUGACAGACCAUACGUUUGCCCAUUUGAUGGAUGUAGCAAAAAGUUUGCACAAUCCACGAACCUUAAAUCGCACAUAUUGACCCAUGCAAAGGCUAAGUCGCGAAAUGCCAUUGGAAGACAAGUACAACAAAUUCAACUUCAACAACCUCAAUUCGUCCAAGUCGAAGUUGCGGAUGUGGACAACCAGCAAUUUAUUGUCUAUGCUGAUUAGCCCCCCUGAAUGUUGAUCUCGUAUCCUGGUGAAUCUAUUAUGGAAUAUCAUAACCAUUAAUUAUUAACAUAAGCCGUGUAAAUAUUUUCAAGAUGCAGCAAGCGACAAAGGGAAUCAGUCGUUAAAACUAUUAGUUAUGGUAAGAGAUCGAGUUAAUUAAAUAAUUAAUACCUCUGUGCUUAGAUAUGAAAUAACGAAAACACCGAGAGUAUUGCGCCCCCAAAAACUCAUUGAUAAACAGUGUACUUUUUAAGACAAUGCGAGGUGAAACGAUGCACAUUGCUUUGUGCAAAGUCAGACUUUUUAAUAAAAUCUAGUGCGCCGUCGUAAUGUGUGACUGUACAUAUUUAUAAUUAAAGUAAAAUAUUGUAUACAGUAUAUUUUGGAGAAAUUCAAAUGAGAAUAAACCACAAAAUACAUUU